CUUUUCUCUCGUGUUAUUUUCAUCGAACACACGUUCGAAAUAAUAAAAUCGCGAAAAUAAAUUGAAAAUGGUUGCAAAAAAGCCAGUAAGCAAAAAGAAGGUUGUUGGCAAGAAAGUCGCGGCUGCUCCUUCACUCGGUACUAAGCAAGCAGCGCCUAAGAAGGUCAGCAAUCCUUUGUUUGAAAAGCGCACGAAGAACUAUGGAAUUGGUCAAAAUGUUCAACCUAAGCGUGAUUUGUCUCGCUUUGUAAGAUGGCCAAAAUACAUUCGUAUUCAACGUCAUAAGGCAAUCUUGCAAAAACGUUUAAAGAUCCCACCACCAAUCAACCAAUUUUCUCAAGCUUUAGACAAGCAAACUGCAGUUCAACUCUUCAAACUUAUGGAAAAAUACCGGCCAGAAACAAAAUUGCAAAAGAGUGCACGUUUGAAGGCAAAGGCUGAAGCCAGAGUCGCUGGAAAGGACGAUGCUCCAUCCAAGAAGCCUAACACUUUGAGAGCUGGCUGCAAUACUGUUACUAAGCUUGUUGAACAGAAGAAGGCUCAACUUGUCAUCAUCGCUCAUGAUGUUGAUCCUAUUGAGUUGGUUUUAUUCCUCCCAGCAUUGUGUCGUAAGAUGGGAGUUCCAUACUGUAUCAUCAAAGGAAAAUCUCGUUUGGGACGUUUGGUGAACCGCAAAACAUGCACAGCUGUUGCUUUGCAAAAUGUCGACAAUUCUGAUCGUGCCAAUUUGGCUAAACUCGUUGAAACCGUCAAGACCAACUACAACGAACGUUACGAUGAAAUUCGUCGUCAUUGGGGUGGUGGUUUGUUGGGACCUAAAUCAAUGGCUCGCAUUGCCAAGAUUGAAAAGGCAAAGGCCCGUGAGUUAGCCCAAAAACAAGGUUAAAUGAGAAGAUAAUUCCAUAAAAUGUCCUUUCAAAUAAAAUAAGGAUGAAAAUAAAAACUUUCAAAACAA